AUGAGUGAGCACUUGGUUCUAUGUGUUGAUCACCUUGUUACACCUGAAUCAUUGCCAUUACUGCAAGGGCAAGAGGUUGUUGAGUUUCCCGACGAGAGUUAUAGUUCUUGUACUGUCGAUCCAACUACUUCAGUGAUUUCUAUUAAGGAAAAUAAAGAAAAAGGAGUAGCUGAUGAAGUAGACCCUUUAAUCGAGUCAGUGGAAUGCCGCAUUUGUCAGGAGGAAGAUAGUGUUAAAAACUUGGAAACACCUUGUGUUUGUAGUGGCAGCUUGAAGUAUGCUCAUAGGAAUUGUGUUCAACGCUGGUGCAAUGAGAAAGGAGAUAUAAUAUGCGAGAUAUGUCAUCAGCCUUACCAACAUGGCUACACUGCUUCACCUCAUCUGCAACCUGAUGAUUCUGCCAUUGAAAUCAGUGAGGGCUGGACAAUUGCUGGCUGUUAUGAUGAGUAUGCUGAUUCAAGUGCUAGUGGAGCUGCAUUUUGUCGAUUUGCUACUUUAAUUCUAAUGGCUCUUCUGCUCUUGAGGCACGCUUUAACAAUUAGAAACGGUGAUAGUGAUACGGACGACGAUGAUAUUUUCACCUUCUCUCUUAUCUUGCUCCGGGUUAUGGGGUUCCUUCUUCCCUGCUACAUUGUUGCUUGGGCUAUGAGUAUAUUGCAGCAUCGGAGGCAAAGACAGGAAGCUGCUGGCCUGCAAGUUAGAAUAGUGCCAAUAUCGGCACCUGGAUCGACUUCAGAACUGUCUAGGACCCCUUUUCCAGAGUCUGUUUAA